CCGCCCGGCCGCACAUGUGUUUCUGUUUUGUGUUGUAGCAUUUGUUCUGGAAGCGCGUAUUUACAUUUUAAGUGUAUCUGGUGAGUGGGCUGGAGCCCUCGUCCGGGCCGGGGAGAGAAGAAGCCCUCGACCCCGUCUUUCAGUCGCUCCCCUCCUCGUUUCUCAUCACUCCAACCAGCCCGCGACCAUGCCCAGGAAGAAGGGGGCGGCUUGGGAGGAGCCGAGUUCGGGCAACGGCACGGCGCGCGGGGGCCCCGGCGGCGCGGCGGCCCCGCGGCAGGAAGCGCGCGAGCGGCCCGAGCGCUGCAGCAGUAGCAGCGGCGGCAGCAGCGGCGACGAGGACGGCGAGCUGACGGGCCCCGGCGGCGGCAAGCGCACAGCCAGGCCGGCGACAGCGGGCAAGGCGUCCGGCGCGGCCGCGAUUAUCACGGAGCCCGAGCACACGAAGGAGCGCGUCAAACUUGAAGGGUCUAAGUGCAAGGGGCAGCUUUUGAUCUUUGGGGCAACCAACUGGGACUUGAUUGGACGCAAGGAAGUGCCUAAACAGCAAGCUGCUUACCGCAACCUUGGUCAGAAUUUGUGGGGGCCCCAUAGGUAUGGGUGCCUGUCAGGAGUCCGGGUGCGAACCGUGGUUUCGGGCUCCUGUGCUGCCCACAGCCUCCUCAUCACCACAGAAGGGAAGCUCUGGAGCUGGGGUCGGAAUGAAAAGGGGCAGCUGGGCCAUGGUGAUACCAAGAGGGUGGAAGCCCCCAGACUCAUCGAGGCUCUCAGCCAUGAGGCAAUUGUGCUGGCCGCGUGUGGGCGCAACCACACCCUGGCGUUAACAGAUACUGGCUCUGUCUUCGCCUUCGGAGAGAAUAAGAUGGGGCAGCUGGGCCUCGGGAACCAGACAGAUGCUGUUCCAAGUCCUGCCCAGAUUAUGUACAAUGGGCAGCCAAUUACCAAGAUGGCCUGCGGGGCAGAGUUCAGCAUGCUGAUGGACUGUAAAGGGAACCUCUACUCCUUCGGGUGCCCUGAAUAUGGCCAACUGGGACACAACUCAGAUGGGAAGUUCAUCGCCCGGGCGCAGAGGAUAGAGUAUGAUUGUGAGCUGGUGCCCCGGAGAGUGGCCAUCUUCAUCGAGAAGACCAAGGAUGGGCAGAUUUUGCCUGUCCCUAACGUGGUGGUUCGAGACGUAGCCUGUGGCGCUAACCACACACUGGUCCUGGAUUCACAGAAGCGAGUCUUCUCCUGGGGCUUUGGUGGCUACGGCCGCCUUGGUCAUGCUGAGCAGAAGGAUGAGAUGGUACCUCGCCUGGUGAAGCUCUUCGAUUUCCCGGGGCGUGGUGCAACCCAGAUCUAUGCCGGCUACACCUGCUCCUUCGCUGUCAGUGAAGUGGGGGGGCUGUUUUUCUGGGGGGCCACCAAUACUUCCCGAGAGUCUACCAUGUACCCAAAAGCCGUGCAGGACCUCUGUGGCUGGCGGAUCCGGAGCCUUGCCUGCGGGAAGAGCAGCAUCAUCGUAGCGGCCGACGAGAGCACCAUCAGCUGGGGCCCAUCACCAACCUUCGGGGAAUUGGGAUAUGGGGACCACAAGCCCAAGUCUUCUACUGCAGCUCAGGAGGUGAAGACUCUGGAUGGCAUUUUCUCCGAACAGGUGGCCAUGGGCUAUUCACACUCGUUGGUGAUAGCACGAGAUGAGAGCGAGGCUGAGAAGGAGAGGCUGCAGAGGCUGCCCGAGUACACCCCACGCACGCUCUGAGCAGCAGCAGGCCGGCACUCCCCUCGUGGCAGCUGUCAUUCCCACGUGCACUGGGACCAGACGUCAGACAAGGAAUUUAGGAAGCAAAAGUUGACCAAGGGUGCAUUGGGUUAGCCUCCCUGAGGUUCCGUUUCCAAGCGAUUCAACGUUAACUACCUUUUCUGUAUGCUUUCCAAAGUGUUUUCCCUCAACGUUGAUUAAAACAUUUGCUCAUAGCCAGCUUGCCUUUCUACGAGACAGGCAGGAGCUCUGGGCGGUUUAGGUUUUUUUUAAGUUGUAUUUCUUUUCUCCCCUCUCUCGAGUACCCUUGUGCAGCCCUCCCAUUCCAGCCAUAAUUAGCAUUGUGAUCCGAGUGGGCACCACGUGGGAGAGGGAUUGCCACUCUCCCAGACAGAAACGGCCCUUCCAGGAACCAGCAGCAGCUAGGCCAAUCCCUGCCUGCCCGCUGUGAGAGACCGGUCACUUGCUUGUGGGCCCACCCACCUGCCCUCUGACCCCCUCCCCCCAUAGCUAUUGCUGGCUUGCUGUCUGCAAGGCCCAUGUGGGCCUUUUGGCUGAAGCAUUUGUAGAACCAGCCAUCUCCCCCUGGUGGGGCUCUGGGGUCUGUGUUUAGCCAUUUGUAUCUCCUUUAGCUCUCAAGUCCAAAUGAGAAUGGGGACCAUGGGGUAUGGGGUGGGCAGUUAGAGAUUGGUCAGCCAGCAGUCAAUGUGUUCUCAGUCCUCUGUGACCCACCGUUGCCGCCUUUGCGCUUUGCCUGUCUGCUCCUGCUGUCCCCUCUGCCUGGGAUGGCCACCCUAUCCUGAGACUUGGCCAUUGUUCUCCCAGCCUCAGUGUUCUCUGGCCGCCGCUUGCGUUUGCUUGGCUCUGGUACCAAAUAGUUGGGAUUCCUGAUGAAAUUCCCUGCCCUGCGUGUCAGUUCAGACUGUCACCACAUCCCCACAAGUGCCCUCUGCCGAGCCCAUCCUGGCAUUGACUUUGUGGCUGAGUUCCGAGGUGCCUUUCCCGGAUCCUCCUCACUGGGCCCGAGUAUGACGGCAGCUCGGGCUGGGGCCUUGGUUUCUGGAGGGUCUGGGCUGGUUUGACUGCUUUAACUAGGAUUAGUUUGGUGGUGCUCGGGGGAAGGGGGCUAAGGAUCCAAGUGUGAGGUGGGGUGGAUGGGAAAGUCAAAGAUUCUGGCCUUGAGAUUCAUGGUUUUGCUUUUGCUGUUGUGACGCUCGUCUCUAUGUUAAAAUGCCAAAAAUGACCUGGUCUGUUGCUUCCUUUGCCCCAAUGCUUCACAGCAGCUUCUGGCUUUGCAAGGUGUCUGUCUCGGCCAGUGCCCCGGCCUGCCGGAAAGGGUCCGCGUUCUCUCUGUCUCCCGUCACGUGUCCAACUCUAGUCCAGAGACAGCUUCUGUAGUGGCAGAGCUUCUGCAAAACUAACCUGCUUUGCCCAGGUCACCCUAGACACCACCCCUGCCACUGACACCGGUCACUGCCACGUGCGGGACCGGAGCCUUUCCUGGUCUCUGUCUGGCGUGUGCUGUUCAGGGUCUGCUCCUUCUGUCCUGGGGGUCUCCUGGAGUUAGUCGUGUGGUCACCAAGAGGAUUGAGGACACAGUAGCCCUGAGCUGAACUAGGCUCAUCUUCCAGGGAGCAAACCUAAAGCCAGCAGUCAGUCCCCCUGGCUGGAGCCCUGCAGUGGGUGAGCAGAAAGUGUCUUAUGGGUAGAGAGCCCUGUGCCUGGCCACAGACCCUCCCUUCAGGCUAAAAUUCUCACCUGAGCUUUCCCACCACAAACUCCAGGUGGGAAGCCCUGGGUAGGAACCAUUCUGGCCGCCCAGGGGCUCUGAAAUUUUCUGGUCAUCGAGAAAGCGUAGCGCAGAGGGAGUGGACGAGGAUGGGAUUCGGUCGAAGGUGCCUGGUUUAGUGCUGUUAUUGUCUAAUUUUUUUUUAUAUCUAUAUUUCUUGGAGUAAACAUUUUAAAUAAACGGCGUCAUUGUUUACUCUG